UCAGGUUGGCGAGGUGCUUUAAGAAAAUGGUUUUUCAAUGCAUCAGGCUACAAUCAACUAGGUCUAUUGCAUGAUGAUCUGCUUGCGGAAACCCAUGAAGUAAAAGAGGCUCUGAGACGCCUACCUAGAUCAAUAUCUGGAGAGAGACAAUUUCGCAUAUCUAGGGCUCUUUACCUUUCAAUGAGAAAAGAAAUUCUCCCGAAAGAAGAGUGGACAAAAUACAAUGAGGAUGUUCGUUAUCUGAGACCUUACAUAGAAGAAGUUGAACGAGAAUUAGACGAAAAAGCUGCUUGGAACACAAAAUGA